GGAUAAGGCAAGGAAGAAUCCUUGGGAUGACUGAUGAUGGUGCGCCCCGGCAGCCGCGUGACCGUGGUCGUGGUCGGUCGGUCACCGGUAUCCGCGCGGGAGCCUCCAUCCCGGGGAGUUUCCGGGAAGCCGCCGUCGCGCCCUCCCUCCGGGGAGUUUCCGCGAAGCCGCCGCCGCCGCCCCGCAAACCGCGACCACAAAGCUGCUUGCUUGACCCACGGAGACGGACUGACGGACGCUACCUCUCCUCCUCACUCUCGCGGGCGACUUGUGGCGGCGGCUGGCGAACAGAGAAGUUUCAGGGCAACAGGGAGCAGAAAACAGGAGCCAUCUAUUUAGUCUGAAUCUCGCCCUUACACGCGGUUGCCAUGGCGCUGUGGACAGGGCUGGGUCAGGCGGCGACAGUGGCGCAGCUGGUCGGCGCGGAUGUCGGCGGCCUCAUCUCCAUGAUUGUGCAGGCCGCGAUGACGGCUCGUCAGAACAAGAGUGAGUGUGAGCAACUUGCUCGUCGUGUCCUCAUGAUCGCGCAGCUGCUGCCGCACGUGCAGGAGCCAGAGGCGGCGCAGCCGCUGGCCGGGCUGGGUGACACGCUCCGGGACACCCACGAGCUCGUCGUGUCGUGCCAAGGGCGGAGCGCGGCAUACCAGUUCGUCAUGGCCAGCAGGACAGCCGAAAAGUUCAGGGAGGUGCAGAGCAAGAUCGACUCCUACCUCAUCCUCUUCCCCGUGAUCAGCCACAUCGGCAUAACACGCCGCCUUGAACGGAUCUACAAUGUCCUUGUUCAAGAUGGCUCCACCAGAGAUGAACCGUCUCCAUUUCCACAGUCGUUGCAGCUGCAGGAAUCUACACAGCUUGCUCAGGAGGUACUGCCACAUGGAACCCAGGAAUUCACGUUGGCGGAGAUCGUGGCUGCCACCAAUAACUUCGCCCCUAACACCGUGAUCGGUGAAGGCGGGUCCGGAAAGGUGUACAUGGGCAGGCUUUACGAUGGGCGAGAGGUGGCCAUCAAGAGCUUAAACAACUCACAGUCGCAAUAUUUAGAGGAGGAGUUUUGCACGGAGCUCGACAUCCUAUCACGGCUCCGGCACAAACACAUCAUCAGCCUCCUUGGAUCGUGUGUGACUGUGAGCAAGGACAAGUGUCUGCUAUCCACCCCACAAAAGAAGAAAAAGCGCCAGCUGACCUGGUGGAAAAAGGAGCCAGAAGAACCCGAAGAGUCGGAAGAGCUACAGAGGUUCACUGUCUACGAGUACAUGGAGAACGGUACGCUCUUCGACCACAUGCAUUCUGAUCACGGCUCCUCCACGAUGUCGCCGGUGAGGGGGUCCUGGAAGAUGCGCAUCGCUGUGCUCCUCGGCGUGUCACGCGCCAUCGAGCACUUACACUGUCAUGCCAACCCGCCGAUCAUCCACCGGGACAUCAAAUCGGCUAACAUCCUUUUUGACGCCAAUUGGGUGCCGCGUGUGUCAGACUUUGGCUUGUCGGUCGUCUGGGACAUGGCAAGUGAGGAGUCGGAGUUGAAAGUCCACCGGGUUGUAGGAACAUUUGGGUACCUCGCCCCUGAGUACCACUUUUAUGGUCUUCUGAAGCCGGCGAGUGACGUGUACAGCCUGGGCGUGGUGAUGCUCGAGGUUCUGACAGGGAAAAGUGCAUAUUCUCAAUUGAACGAUCGGGCAUAUGGACCUUUGACAGACUUCGCACUCCCCAUCAUUGAAGUCGGUAAUAUUGAGGAGUUGUUGGACAAGCGACCUGUACCGGAGCCAACGCCUUGGCAGCUGCAGGCGAUGAAACGUGUGGCGCAGAUUGCAUGCAGCUGCGGGAAGUUGGAUGCGAAGGACCGGCCGGCCAUAUCAGACAUUGUUGCCAACCUCGAGAUGGCGCACGAGUUGAUGUGCCGAGACGAGGCUGGUUCAGUUGACGAGCCAUGUUUGUGGCCCUUCGUCGAACAAGUUGACCUCCCAUCGGACUCACCACACUCCAGGAGCUCGUCAUCGGCAGGCUACCAUUCCGAGCUGGAAUCUGAGGUGUUGGAGGAGAGGCGUUGACACCGAUCUUUGAAGGCGUCCUUUGGAACUGUGCAUUGCACUGGAGCAGGCUCCACAACGGGUCACAGGUGACCGUCAUCUGCUUCAAUCACCCGAUGAGCAUCCCAUUACUGCACAUAGGUAAUGCCCACUUUUGGUAAAUCUACGGGCGCUUGUUAGCUCGGGUGGUUUAUGACCGGAUCGAUCCCACUAUAGUUUGCUUCUUCACAACCAACCCUCCUUUGAUUUUCCCAGUGGCUUCUUAGGAAAGGAACAUGGGGUUGAUGGUAAGCACUGACUCUGUUUUUUCAUCACUUUCUUUUUGUAAUAUAUCUUGUUUUUUUUUA